AUGUCGGAGCACGCGGCGCCCGGAGCCCCGGGGCCCGGGCCCAAUGGCGGCGGCCCUGCCCCCGCGCGCGGGCCCCGCACCCCCAACCUAAACCCCAACCCGCUCAUCAACGUGCGCGACCGGCUCUUCCACGCGCUGUUCUUCAAGAUGGCAGUCACCUACUCGCGGCUCUUCCCACCCGCCUUCCGCCGUCUCUUCGAGUUCUUCGUGUUGCUCAAGGCCCUGUUCGUGCUCUUCGUCCUGGCCUAUAUCCACAUCGUCUUCUCCCGGUCUCCCAUCAACUGCCUGGAGCAUGUGCGCGACAAGUGGCCACGAGAGGGCGUCCUACGCGUGGAAGUACAGCAGAACUCGAGUCGUGCGCCAGUCUUCCUGCAGUUUUGUGACAGUGGUCGCAGCGGCUUCUCUAGCCUGGCUGCAGAGCCUGGUGGCCUGGAGCUGGAGGAGGAGGAGGAGGAGCUGACCAUGGAGAUGUUUGGGAACCACUCCAUCCAGUUUGAGUUGGACAUUGAGCCCAAGGUGUUCAAGCCGCCCGGUGGCCCUGAGGCCCUGAAUGAUAGCCAGGAGUUCCCCUUCCCUGAGACACCCUCAAAAGUGUGGCCACAGGAUGAGUACAUUGUGGAGUACUCGCUGGAGUACGGCUUCUUGCGCCUGUCCCAGGCCACGCGACAGCGGCUCAGCAUCCCGGUCAUGGUAGUCACCCUGGAUCCCACACGGGACCAGUGCUUCGGGGACCGCUUCAGCCGCCUGCUGCUGGCCGAGUUCCUGGGCUAUGAUGACAUCCUCAUGUCCAGUGUGAAGGGUCUGGCCGAGAACGAGGAGAACAAGGGCUUCCUGCGGAACGUGGUGUCAGGCGAGCACUACCGAUUUGUGAGCAUGUGGAUGGCCCGAGCAUCCUAUCUGGCUGCCUUCAUCAUCAUGGUCAUCUUUACCCUGAGCGUGUCCAUGCUGCUCCGCUACUCCCAUCACCAGAUCUUUGUCUUCAUUGUGGACCUGCUGCAAAUGCUGGAGAUGAACAUGGCCAUCGCCUUCCCUGCAGCGCCCCUGCUGACCGUCAUCCUGGCCCUUGUGGGGAUGGAGGCUAUCAUGUCGGAGUUCUUCAAUGACACCACCACCGCCUUCUACAUCAUCCUCAUCGUGUGGCUGGCUGACCAGUAUGAUGCCAUUUGCUGCCACACCAACACCAGCAAGAGGCACUGGCUGCGGUUCUUCUACCUGUACCACUUCGCCUUCUAUGCCUACCACUACCGCUUCAACGGGCAGUACAGCAGUCUGGCCCUCGUCACCUCCUGGCUCUUCAUCCAGCAUUCCAUGAUCUACUUCUUCCACCACUAUGAGCUGCCUGCCAUCCUGCAGCAGAUCCGCAUCCAGGAGAUGUUGCUACAGACACCACCGCUGGGCCCUGGUACCCCCACGGCGCUGCCGGAUGACCUCAACAACAAUGGGGGCGCCCCGGCCGCUGCACCUGACCCUGCCAGCCAGCCUCCCGCCCUGGACCCUGGCUCACUGGGGGCUGGUGGUGUCCCCAGGCCUGUAGCUGAAGCACCCAGUUCUCUGGUAGCUGCGGCAGCCUCGGUGGCUGCCGCGGCCAGUAGUGAUCUGGGCUGGAUGGCAGAGACAGCUGCCAUCAUCACAGACGCCUCUUUCCUGUCUGGCCUGAGCGCCUCCCUUCUGGAGCGGAGGGCAGCUAGCCCCCUGAGCCCGGGUGGGGGAUUCCCUCGGGGCCUCCAAGCCCCCCCGGACAGUGUGCCCCCAAGCGACUCCCCAACACCUGACACAGGUCCUCUGGCUGCUGGAGUGAAUGGGCCCAUUCCUGAGUCCCCAGCCCCAACAGAUGAACCUUCGGAAAUUGGCUCCUAA